CUAAUUUUCUUACAUCCGUUUCAACUUGUUAUUUCAGUGCUGGUGGGAUAGGAGUUCUUAUGAAUGUGGAUAGAUUAGGUCGAAAGUUAUUCAGUCGUAUUGGACAUCCUGUAUUAGUUAGUGGGAUAAUAGACUCAUCGUGGUUUAUUCAUAUACCGGCCUACCAAGAAAGUAAAUGUGUAAAUGCAUUUGAAUGUCCACCGGAAGAAGGAAUUCACCGAGGAAUGAA